AUGGAAGCCAACUCCUCCAUCCCUCUGAAUGGAUCAGAAGUGGUACUCCGUGAUUCGACCACCUCCGAAAUUCUAUGGGUCAUGUCAGUUGUGGUCCUCUCCAUAACUUUUGUCCUUGGUGUGCUAGGUAAUGGGCUUGUAAUUUGGGUGGCUGGAUUCCGCAUGGUACACACUGUGACCACCAUCUGUUAUUUGAACCUGGCUUUGAGUGACUUCUCUUUCAUGGCUACUCUACCACUCCACAUCACCUCAAUGGUCAUGAAUGGAAAAUGGCUUUUUGGAUGGUUUCUUUGCAAAGUUGUUCACACCAUUGUGCACAUAAACCUUUUUGUAAGUGUCUUCCUGAUCACUCUCAUUGCCAUGGAUCGCUGUAUUUGUGUCCUGCACCCAGUAUGGGCUCAGAAUCACCGAACUGUGAGUCUGGCCAUGAAAGUAGUUGUUGGAGCUUGGAUUCUUGCUCUAUUGCUUACAUUGCCAAACUUUCUCUUCUUAACUACAGUGAGAGAUGCAAAAGGGGAAGUCCACUGCAUGCCUGACCUUAGCUCCUGGGUUACAACCACACUGUGCAGUGCUGUGAACACAGCUGCAGGAAUCGUCAGUUUUCUCAUUGGCUUCAGCAUGCCCAUGUCUUUCAUUGUCAUCUUCUAUGGACUCAUGGCUGUCAAGAUCUGCAGAAUAGGCUUUGUGAAUUCCAGCCGUCCCUUACGUGUCCUCACUGCGGUAGCCGUUUGCUUCUUUAUCUGUUGGUUCCCUUUUCAAUUGAUUGUUCUUUUAGGUAAUAUCUGGUACAAGGAGACACCACACAGCAUUCACAUGUUGGUGAACCCAGCAAGCACCCUGGCCUCCUUCAAUAGUUGCCUUAACCCAAUACUUUAUGUCUUCCUGGGUCAGGAAUUCAGAAACAGACUGAUCCACUCCCUGUAUGCUAGUCUGGAGAGGUCCCUGAAGGAAGACUCAGUCCCGAGCAAUGACAAAGGCAGCAACUUGUCUUCAUGUCCUACAGACUGA